UUGUGGUAUGUAGAUAAAAUCCAGCAGAUUUGCAAUUUUAGCAUUAGUACAUAAACCGGAAGAACAAACAGAUAUAUAGUUUAACAAUGAUCGAAGACAUUUACAAAUUUUGGACUGUGCGUCACCUCAUUCUCAGACCAACAGAACAAACAGCAACAGCCCAUGAACUACCUAAUUAGAGAUGAAUAUAAUAUUCCACCAUAUCUUUUUAAUGAGCUGUAUAGCGACAUGCUUGGCUUUCUUAGCACCGCCAAAGCAAAAACGCUGUGAUAUACGAACUGUAAUCAAGACGCAAACAGAAUGCACCUCAUGUGCAGCUGGUAUCAGGAGGGCUUGCCCCAAAGGCACAAAAAUUACUUCGGGAAUAGGAAAUAGGGGAUGCAGUUACACAGUGGAUAUGGGAGGAGUUAUUCUAUCUCUGACAGGUUGCACCCACACUUGUCAAACUGUCCAGAUAACUCCUGAAUGCUGUAAAGGAUAUUGGGGAUCAGCAUGUAUAGAAUGUCCAGGAGGAGCAGGAAAUCCUUGCAAUGGCCACGGUACCUGCCUGGAUGGAAAAAAUGGCAAUGGGACAUGCAUUUGUGAUGAGAGGUUUACUGGAUUUUACUGUGAUAAAUGUGCAGAUGAACAUGUAUAUAACAAAGAAUGUGCUGAUGUUUGUGAAUGUAAUCAUGGACUAUGUAAGAAUGGGGUCUCUGGAGAUGGGAGUUGCAUCUGUGAAGCAGGAUACGCAGGAGCGAAAUGUAAUGAAGAAUCUUUUUCCUGUAAAGCAUUAAAGUGUGGGCAGAAUACCCGUUGCAUAGAAAUCAAAGGAAAACUUCAAUGUCAGUGUAUGCCUGGCUAUAUUAAGAAAGGAGACACUUGCCAACCCAAGGAUCCCUGCAAACCAUCGCCAUGUUCCAUCAAUGCUGACUGCACAUUAUUGGGUCCAGGCCAAAGUCAAUGUACGUGUAAAGAUGGUUACUAUGGAGAUGGUGUGAUGUGCCCUGCUUUUAAUCCAUGUUUGAUUAACAAUGGAGGAUGCUUAGAAAAUUCAACAAAGUGUACAUAUAGGAGUCCAGGAAAGUCUUUCUGCAGUUGUCUUCCGGGAAUGAGAAGCUUUGACGCAUCUAAAGGUUGCCAGGCACCAAAUCCUUGUCGUCUAUAUUCGUGUGAUAAAUCUGCAUUAUGUGAGCCAUUUUCUUCUGGAACAUUUAUGUGUGUUUGCCAUGAAGGGGAGAUUGGGGAUGGCAAGGCCUGCUAUGGAAGUAUAUUGUAUCAACUCAACAAGUUCAGUAUCGAGGAUACCCAGAUGAGAAAACAGCCCGGUGCUUUAAGGUUAUUAGAAGACGCUUGUGGAUCGACUUUGAGGAAAUAUGGCCCUUUCACAGUUUUUGUUCCUUAUAUGAAUAUCAAGCAGAUGAAUGAAACUUCAACAAAAGAAUUCUGCAAACUCCACAUCAUUCCAGGUCAGCAUUUGACAUUUGAUAUGCUGACAAGAAAACAACUAUGGACACUCAGUGGGGAGGUCUUGGAAUUUUUACAAAAAAAAUUUACUAAGCUAUCUGAACCUGACAAAAUCUACACAAUAAUUAAAAGUGAUCUGCCUGCAUCCAAUGGAGUUAUUCAUUUUAUUGACCAGCCUAUUACUCUGGGUAACAUGGAAACCUUAGGAAAUCAAAAGAUGACGAUUGGAAACAUUCUUGCUACAAAUGAACAGUUCAGCCGGUUUGAAACAAUGCUAGAGAAUUGCGAUCUUCCCUCAAUAUUAAAUGGUCAUGGAUCAUUCACUGUGUUCGUUCCUAGCAAUAAUGCAGUGGAUUCUAUAAGAGACGGGCGCCUAAUUUAUCUUUUAACUAAGGGCAAACACAAACUGUUGGAGUUGGUAAAGCACCAUAUCUUUAUAUCAGGAGCUGUCACUAUAGAUAAACUCCUCACAAUGCCUCACAUUUUAACUUCUGCCAAUGAGAUGAUAAAAAUUAACAUCACUGCAAAUGGGAGAAUUUUACUGGGAGAAUCUGGAAUACCAAUUGACCGCAGUGAUAUAAUUGCUUCUAAUGGAGUCAUUCACACUUUGGAUGGAAUUUUAAUGCCAAAAAGUAUACUGCCAAUUCUACCUCAUCGCUGCAAUGAAACACACUAUGAAAUUAUUAAGGGUGAAUGCUCAGCUUGUGAUUUAAUCUCAACGUGCCCCGAUGACACUAUUGAUAUGGGAACAAUAGAUAGAGAAUGCAGCCUUGGAUCUGCUAAUAAUACAACUCUAGGCUGUGCCAGAAACUGCAAUCGUACGAUUACGGAAUUUGGAUGUUGCAGUGGCUUCUAUGGACCUAAUUGCUUACCGUGUCCAGCAGGAUUUACCAAUCCAUGCUAUGGCAGAGGGGUUUGCGUUGAUGGAAUUCAUGGAACUGGCAAGUGCACAUGUUUUGAGCAGUUCAAAGGAAUCGCUUGUCAUAUUUGCUCGAAUCCAAACAAACAUGGAGAGUAUUGUGAAGAAGAUUGUAAAUGUGUCCAUGGGGUGUGUGAUAACAGACCAGGCAGCGGAGGCGUUUGUCAGGGUUAUCGCUGCAAGCCAGGGUACACUGGAAGAUUCUGUGACCAAACAUCCCAAUCGUGUGGAGAGUUACAUUUAUCCCAAUUUUGCCAUAUCAAUGCUUCAUGUGAAUCAACUGACAACAGCACAAGUUGUGUGUGCAAUGUUGGUUAUGAAGGAGAUGGUGUCUCCUGUCAACCUGCUAAUUUUUGCAGAAAGCCAGAUCGAGGAGGCUGUUCAGAAGAUGCUAUAUGUACAAAUAUUGGUCCUGGCAUUGUAUCCUGUCAGUGUAACCCUGGUUGGAUUGGAGAUGGCGUUGAGUGCUCACCUGUAGACAACUGUGUAAUGGAAAACAGAGGGGGGUGCCACAUUAAUGCUGACUGCAUCUUUACCCAACCUGGACAGAAUGAAUGCACCUGCAAGAGAGGAUAUGCUGGAGAUGGACUAUCAUGCGAUCCACUAGAUCCAUGUUUAGAAGAUAAUGGGGGCUGUCAUGAUAUGGCUAAAUGCACACCACUCACAACAGGAGGUCAUUCUUGUAAGUGCCCUGAAGGUUUCGAAGGAGACGGGCUGGAUUGUUAUGGAGAUAUAUUAAUGGAACUGUCACGGAACCCUAAUCUGACUAUGUUUCACCAGUGGUUAAUGAAUUCUCACAUCAUUAUCCCUAAAGAAAUGAAUGCCACUGCGCUUAUACCAUCCAAUUUGGCAAUGGAAACACUUUCUGAAGAGCGUAAAAAAGUUUGGCUUGAUUCAUACAUGCUGCCUUUUUUCAUAAGAGCACAUUUUCUUAGAGGAUCAUUUCAUUCUGAGCAGCUCAAGCAAUACAUUGGACAAGAAUUAUCUACAUUAGAUCCAAGAACAAAAUGGGAAGUUGAAAGUUUACAUGGGAACAUCAUGAUUCAUAAUGCAAGUUUCAUUAGACGUGACAUUCCAGCAUCAAACGGAUUCAUAUUUAUAAUUAACAAGGUGUUGCAGCCACCAAUUGGAAAUAUACCUCCUUCUCGACCAAGACUUUCAAAGCAAUUAGAUCAGGUUCCAACAUUUAAGAUGUUUAAAGAAGCAUUAAAUAAUUUAGGGCUUAUUGAAGAAAUCGAAUCAUCUGAACAGAAGUUUACAAUUUUCGUGCCCAGCAAUUCUGCAAUGUUGAAAUUUUACAAUGAUUCUGGAGUUGAUGAAUUGGAUAACCGAACAUUAAAAUACCAUAUCAUUCUUGGAGAGAAGCUUUCACCAGCAGAAUUGAAGAGUGGAAUUCAUAAAGCAACACUAUUAGGAUUCUCUGAUUGGCUCAUGUUUUAUAAACGAGAAAACCAGACUUUUGUCCAUGAUGUCUCUGUGGAUGGAUCCUUUUUUGAAACAAAGAAUGGAAUAAUACUGGGUCUCUCUGGAGUUCUCCAUAUAUUAAAAAACAACUGUGAUGCAAAGGAAAUAACCAUAAAAAGGACAAUAUGUAGAAGAUGCAACAAAGACGUUAUAUGCCCAGAAGGAAGUACACUUCAAGAAGCGCCAGUAACUGGUAGAGAAAAGUGUUUGUCGGAAGCAAAAAGAAGAAAUGGUCAAUCAUGCAUAUUCUACUGCAUCAAUACAUCUAUUGUGCCAGAAUGCUGUAAAGGAUACUAUGGUCCCCAGUGCUUACUGUGUCCUGGUGGGCUAGACAGUGUGUGUUCAAAUAAUGGUGACUGCCACGGUGGUAUCGCUGGAAAUGGAGAAUGUAUAUGUAAAGAAGGUUUUCAUGGCACAGCCUGUGAAUCCUGUGAGCCUGGACGUUAUGGGAAAGACUGCCAAUCAGAAUGUGAAUGUGUUCAUGGAAGAUGUAAUGAUGGAUUAACUGGAGAUGGGAAAUGCCAGUGUGAAAAAGGCUGGAUUGGAAAGAGCUGCGAAAAAGAUAUUCAAAAUGAUUUAUGCAAUGGCACCUGCAGUGAAUAUGCCAAUUGCGUUGUUGGCGAUUCAAAUUCCACUGCAUCUUGCACCUGUAUUGCUGGCUUCACUGGAAAUGGGACUCACUGUACAGAAAUAAAUGCUUGUGCUCUGCGUAACGGUGGCUGCUCAAACUUUGCCAAGUGCGUGAGAGUGGCAGCAGGAGAAGCCAGUUGUACCUGCAUCGAGGGUUACACAGGGGAUGGGGUGAUCUGUAUAGAAAUCAAUGCAUGUCUGGAGCAUAAUGGUGGAUGUCAUUCUAACGCAGAAUGUAUUAAAACUGGGCCUGGCAAAGUUGCUUGCAACUGUUUACCUGGAUAUGAAGGGGAUGGUAUGCAAUGUCAGCCAAUCAACUUGUGCAAAGAGAACAAUGGAGGCUGUAGUCCAUAUGCGGUUUGCUUACCAGUGGGACCAGGUGUGAUGAGGUGCACAUGUAAAGUGGACUUUACUGGAGAUGGCUUCACAUGUGUGGGAAAAAUAAAUGAGGUUCUGCAAUACAACCAGGAAGCUGCUGCAUUUUCUCAAAAUUUGCGGAUGCAAUAUAUCAAAGACUUAAGUGGAGAAGGACCUUUCACAGUUUUUGUGCCACAAGACGAAACUCUUCUAAAUAGUACCACGUUUGCAGAAUGGAAAUCCAAAAAUCUCUUAAAGCAAUUACUUCGCAACCAUAUGGUAGGCUGUCGGAAGAUGCUUGUCAGUGACUUUUACGAAGGAACUACGUUAACAACAUUAUCAGGAGGACAAGUGAAAAUAUCAGUACAGCAGGAUGUUGUUUAUUUAAAUAAUAUUGCUAAAAUUACAAAAAGUGAUAUCAUGGGAACCAAUGGUGUUAUCCAUCUUAUUGACCAUGUUUUGUAUCCAGAAAUUCAGCCCAGAAUGAGAGAUACUACUCAUGUGGAUGAGUUAAACAUUACAGAAUCUGCUAAUUUCUAUGGGUAUUCAAUGUUUGGCAAACUAUUACAGGAUUCCAAACUGUUAUCCCUGGUCACCGACAAAAUACACAAACCAUUCACAAUGCUUUGGCCAACGAAUGAAGCUUUUGAAUCUCUUCCAGAGGAGAGAAAGAAUUGGUUAUACCAUGAGGACCACAGGGACAAGCUUGUGGCUUAUCUCAGAGUUCAUAUGAUUAGAAAUACAAAGAUUAUUGCUGCAAACCUUCCCCAAGCCAAAUCGUUACGCACAAUGCAUGGAUCAACGAUUUCCUUUACGUGCAGCCCAAUAAGCAUUGGUGAUAUUGUGGUGGAUGAGAAUAAUGCUAGAAUAAUCCAAAGGAACAUUGAGUUUGAUAAUGGAAUAGCUCAUGGGAUUAAUAAUUUGCUGGAACCGCCUGAUAUUGGAGCCCGUUGUGAUGACUUUGAAAAAAUAGAUGCACCGUAUUAUUUGCAGCCUUGUGUGUUGUGUGGACAUGAGCCUCCCUGUCCUGAUGAAGAUGCGGGGAAAACUGAAGUCUGUGUUCCUGCAUUUAAUCGCAGACGUUAUACACCAAGAUUUAGACGCCCUUAUUCGACUAAUAGAUAUUAUAGGCCAACGUAUUGCAAACGGACCUGUUACUCAGUUACUUGGAAACCAAAGUGCUGCAAAAACCAUUAUGGAAAGGACUGCCAUGUUUGUCCUGGUGGGCUUGAAGCACCAUGCAGCAACCAUGGGCGGUGUAAUGAUGGUAUGAUUGGAACUGGGCGCUGUGAUUGUUCAGAGGGCUUCAAAGGGACUGCCUGUGAAUUGUGCUCUCCUGACAGAUAUGGUACAAGUUGCAAAGCUUGUAAAUGCACAGAGAAUGGAAAGUGUAAUGAUGGAAUCUCUGGGGAUGGAACUUGCUUCUGUACAGAAGGAUGGUCUGGUGAAACAUGUGAAAUCAAGUUAGAGUUGAAACCUGUGUGCUCACCAGCAUGUCAUGACAAUGCCACUUGCAAUGCCAACAACAUGUGUGAAUGUAACCUGCAUUACGAGGGUGAUGGAAUAAUGUGUACUGUCAUAGAUCAAUGCCAAAAUGCCAAUGGAGGCUGUAGUACCAAUGCCAACUGCACUCAGAUUGGAGUGUCCGUUACAUGUGAUUGUUUUACUGGGUACGACGGAGAUGGAUUUGUUUGCAUCCCAAUUGAUCUUUGUGCAAAUGGCUUUAAUGGAGGAUGCAGUGAACACGCUACAUGCAUUUACACUGGUCCAAACACCCGAAGAUGUGAAUGCCAUGAUGGUUAUGUAGGGAAUGGGGUCCAGUGUCUAGAGAAGGCUAUUCCUCCCUUGGACCGCUGCCUAGAAGAAAACGGAGAAUGUCACCUAGUGGCAACAUGCACAGAUCUUCACUUUCAAGAAAAAACUGCUGGAGUUUUCCAUUUCCAGUCACCAAAAGGAAAAUACCUGCUCACAUACCCAGAAGCAGAAAAGGCUUGUGAAUCAGAAGGCGCCUCUAUAGCCACAUUUAAACAGCUGUCUGCUGCCCAGCAGCUGGGGUUCCACCUGUGCACUGUAGGAUGGCUCCAGAAUUGGACUGCUGGCUACCCUACAACCUAUCCUAGUCCAGGCUGUGGUUCGAACCAUGUUGGAAUAGUGGAUUAUAAACAAAGAACCAAUCAGAGUGAAAUGUGGAAUGUAUUUUGCUAUCGCGUAGAAGAUGUCAGUUGUUCUUGCCCCUACGGGUAUGUCGGUGAUGGGAAAUUCUGCAAUGGGAAUUUACUGGAGGUGCUGGAAGCCACUCCAUAUCUGUCUGUUUUCUACUCAAUGUUGCUUAAUUAUGCCAAUACCACGGAUGAAGGGGUAGAAUUUCUUAAAUUUCUCUCAAAUGAAACCUCGUUGAAAACCUUAUUUGUGCCUCACGAUGACAGUUUUGAGAAUAAUUCGACUUUAUCAUGGCGUGACUUGGAACAUCAUGUUUCUGAGAUGGACAUUCUGCUUCCAUAUGCAAAUCUCACUAUUGGUCUUGUUCUACCUUCUAAAAUAGGUUCCAACCUUUCCAUAUCAGCUGUCGUCUCUAACUGCACUGGCUCCACAUGCCUGAAAGUAAACGACAAAGUAAUUACUCAGUGGGACAUACCAGCUUUCAAUGGAAUAAUCCAUAUAAUCAAGGGGCCUCUGAAAGCACCACUUGUUCAGGAAACUCCUGAUAGCCAAGUCACUCAUCCAAUAAUUACAGGUUUGGUGGCAGCGCUGUUGACUUUAUUACUAAUUGUUACUGCUGGGGCUGGCUUCUUCUGGUACAGGCAACAAAGUAAAGGCUUCCGAUUCAGUCACUUUAAGUCUGAAUAUGAUUACGAUGAUGAUGAUUUUGAUAAUGGAGGCUCAGGUACGACAAGACAAGCUAACCCUCCGCUGGUGUCAAUCCCAAAUCCAAUGUAUGGAGACGGCAACUUCUUCUACGAACCUUUUGAGGACUCCUGUGAAUGAUAGGCUUGGAUAAAUAGGAAACAAGGAAAUUUAACCAUGAACCUCAAUCCUCAUUUAUUACAGAACCUGGAAAAAUGGUUGUGUUCCCAAUGAAAACUAUGGGAGACGGAUAUUUACUUAACAAAUAUAAACGUAUAUUUGGUUCUGAGUCCAAACACUGUUUACAUAUGCACCAAGGAUUUUUUUUUUUUACAAAUUUGUAUUAUUCCAAAAAAUCACACCGAGUCACAUGACAAGUAGCAUGACACUGUUCCUAACCGUGUUUAAAAACGUAGCCUCUUUCAACCGAGUUCAUCUUCUUGACAUAGUAAUAUGAUGGCAAUAUAAUAUGUAUACCAUCCAGCAAGUCAAACUGUUGCCUGGUGUCUGCACUGUAAUUUAAUUUAAAAUGUUAAGUGAUACUUCACCAAACAGGAAUUAUAGAAAAUGUGCCAGGGGUUUGAAAGAAAAACUAACCAGAUACUGGGCAUGUUCUUCACCUCUUUACAAAUCUUAGGCUAUAGUAGCCUAUUUCAAAAUAUCCUUGUUAUUUCUUUACAGUACCUCAUAUGGUAAAUAAACUACAUAAUCCUGAACUAUUUUGCCAUUUCUAGGUGUAUAUCCCAUGCAGAAGAUUUAUGAAAAGACUGAUUUUUUUUGUUAAAACAUGUAACUACAGAAUUCCGAAUUAAUGAAAUCACUAAAAAAAAAAAAAAACUACAUUUUAAUUUUUUCUACAUUUUAGAAAGGCAUUAAAAAAAUGUUUUGCUGAAAGUAUAUUUGGAUACGUGAUUCUACUGAUUAAUCAAAGCUGAUUUGUUAAAAUUAUUUGUUUGAUUCAAUCUUGUACAUUUUAAAUUAAAUAAACACAAUGGUUCUGUGA